AUGAUUGAGACGGGUGAAAUUUUAGGACUUGAAAUCCCAGACCCAUUAGCCGACAUUGAUAACUUGACAUUAAAUGCUUUACCGGAAGUUCCUUCGAAUCAAUCUGACAAUACAGAGAUUCUUAGGCUAUUACAAAAUAUGUCUACACAGUUUGUAACCUUGUCGACACAAAUGGCACAAGUACAAAGACGAAUGGACAUAAUGGAAGACAAAUCAAGACCUAGUGUAGAUUUACCCGUUUUACCUACAUUGACUGGUAAAUUAACUACACCAAACCAAGUCUCCAAAUACUUUGAAGGAUACGCCAAACGCCGUGAAAAACGAGCUUGGGCGUCACGAGCAAGCAAUGCUCGCAGAGUCGAAACCGAUAAAAUAAAUUCACACUAA